UUUAAGAUGCGAUGGUGCGUCACUUUUCCACUAGUAAAACUUACAUUAGAAUUAAAAGCGCCGAUCUCACCUCUCCAGUCACCGGCUGGUUCUGCUCGCCGUCCUCUCCAUUCCCAUCACCAUCAUCCUCGCCCAAUUCCGGCAAUUUCUUGACUCCUAGCGUUUGUUCAGUUCUCCACACAAGUCUCUGUCCUGCGGAUACGGAGGAUAUAGUCACGUCACUUUGCGGCUUUUCAUGCCCAGAUAUUCCGGCCACCUUCUAGAAAUUUAGUCGCCUAGUAGCUCCAAAGCACCGCCUAAAACAGCAUACAUACCCACCUUUAACUGUUCUUCAUUCUUGCAUCUCCAUAUUUCUACAAAGCAGAUCUUCUUUCGCCGUUUUCGUACGGCUGGUUUGUUUUUUGCGCUUUUGAAAUCGUUAAACCACAACCAGGGCGCCAUUUCUGGUGAGGUAUUUCGGAUCUGGGUUUUGGAUAUGGUGCGUUUGAGAUCUUCAUCGAAUUCGCAAGAGAAUGAUGGGAAUUCGGAUGAGUUGAUUCCGGGCCUGCCGGAGGAGAUCGCCGAGCUGUGUCUCCUCCAUGUGCCGUACCCCUACCAAGCGCUGGCUCGGUCGGUGUCGUCUUCGUGGAACAAAGCCAUUACAGAUCCUUCGUUCCUUCUCUCGAAGAAAACUCUAUCGCUGUCUCAGCCUUAUCUCUUCGUUUUCGCUUCCAGCAAAUCAACGUCCAGGAUUCAGUGGCAAGCGCUGGACCCGCGAUCGGGCCGUUGGUUUGUGCUACCGCCCAUGCCGUGUUCCGCAGCUGCUUGUCCACCGGGGCUCGCCUGCGCCUCACUACCAGAAGAUGGGAAGCUGUUUGUUUUGGGUGAUUUGCGCUCAGACGGAACGUCCCUGCACACCACCAUCAUGUACCGUGCGUCCACCAAUCAGUGGUCGUUAGCGUCUCCGAUGCGGACUCCACGGACGUUCUUCGCCGCCGGGAGCAUCAACGGCAAGAUUUUCGCCGCCGGCGGGAGGGGCCUGGGGGUCGAGGAUUCGAUACCCACCGUCGAACGCUACGACCCCGUGAGCGACACGUGGGCGGCAGUUGCUAAAAUGCGCUCGGGUUUAGCAAGGUACGACGCCGCGGUUGUUGGAAACAAACUGUACGUGACAGAGGGUUGGACGUGGCCAUUCAGCUUCUCGCCACGCGGCGGCGUGUACGACGCCGAUCGUGACACGUGGCAGGAGAUGAGCUUGGGGAUGAGAGAAGGGUGGACGGGGAUCAGCAUCGUCCUGAGGAACAGACUCUUCGUGUUAUCCGAGUAUGGCGACUGCCGGAUGAAGGUGUACGUACCCGAUCACGACACGUGGCACCCCGUGGGUGGAGGUAGGUUCCCCUGCGAGGCGCUGCAGAGGCCAUUCGCCGUGAGCACAAUGGAGGAUAGGAUCUACGUGGUGUCACGUGGGUUGCACGUGGCAGUAGGCAAAGUACAUGAAACAGUAGAGGCCUCUCAAUCCCACCAUCUAUGGGUGGAGUGGGAGGUAAUGGCAGCUCCCAUCGCCUUUUCGGACUUUUCUCCCUGUAAUUGUCAGCCGCUCUAUGCUUAAUUUUGAGAAAGCAUUAAUUUGUGUGCGUACUAUGUAAUUUUCUAAUUGAAGCAGUUCUACAAAUCAUACAAUUUGACGGAUACAGUGAUGGCUAAAGUAUUUAAGGCCAUUAGAUACAUUAUACAUUAUUGUAUGACUACUCCGACUUGGGAAUUGGGACCGGACAGUGUGGUAUUGGGCGCAAUGUCUACUGCAUUAUUAGUAGUA